AUGUCUCUCUUCCGCACCACUUUCCCUGCUGCAGGUGACUUCGGUCCUCUCUUCCGUCUGCUAGACGACUACGACAACCACCGAAGCAGCGCCCAAUCCACAAUUCGCAGCUUCGCCCCCAAAUUCGACGUCCGCGAAAGCGAGACCUCAUUCCACCUGGACGGUGAACUGCCCGGCAUUUCCCAGGAAGAAAUCAACAUUGAGUUCACCGAUGCACAGACUCUGGUCGUAAAGGGUCGCACUGAACGCAAUUACCACACUCCCAAGCCCGCGGAGCAGUCUGGUGACGAACAGGCCGUCGAAGCUACGGAGAAGACUUCGAAGCCCUCCAAGGCUGAUCAUCGCUACUGGGCCAAAGAGCGUUCCGUUGGGGAAUUCUCCCGCACUUUCUCGUUCCCGAUUCGUGUUGAUCAGGACAAUGUCAAGGCGAGUCUGAAGAAUGGCAUUCUCUCCGUUGUGGUACCAAAGGCUACCGCCUCGGCCGCGAAGAAGAUUACCAUUGAAUGA